AUGGAAUAGCAGGCGAGCGAUACAGGCCCAUAAAAUAUUUCAAUUACGGAAGUGCUCAGAGGAUAUAGAGUAAAAUAAUCACAGUCAGACAACUGAAGACUGAAAAUCGAUAGGCCUAAAGGACAAACAUUUCAUCGCGUUCAUGGCGACAAACUGACCGAGACGUCGACAAAGAUUACACCGCGCAAGGAUCUUUAAUCUUUCAUGAAUUUGGUGUUUACCCAAGUUCACUUUUUAUAAAUAGCUCCAAAACGGUGUAGCUCGUGACAUACUAGCUAGGAACAAAUGGUUUCCUAGUUGACACAGAAUACAGGUACAUUACAAUGCCGAAUGUUCUGACUGUUGAUGGUAAGAUAACAGAGUGCACUGUCAGCGAACAGGAGCUUCGGAUUGUUAUUCAGGGCCGGAAACCGAAAGAAUCCACCAUAGCAUUAAAUGACGUCAUAGAAAUUGAGAAAAAUGACGUUGCGCUGAAUGCCUCCACUGACCAAUCAAAAUCUGCAAAACCAAAAUGGCUGUGUAAGGUACACUACAUCACACGGAAGAAGUUGAUAUGGAAACAGGCCACAUUGUGCAUAACUGGACAGGUGUUGGAGUGUCAGCAAUUCAUCUCAGAUCUACAGUUACACUUCCAGAAAGUGUAUGACCAGCGCCCCAAGCGUUUUCUUGUGCUGGUGAACCCAAUUAGUGGCGGCAGAUAUGGACAAAGCAACUCUAAACGAAUAUUGCCAAUGUUUGAACGGGCUGGAAUCACCUGUGAUGUCAAAGUAUCAGAAAGAGCGAAACACUUUGAGGAGAUGGUAACAGAGUACGAUUUUUCAACAGUGGACGGUAUAGUAAUUUUUGGAGGAGACGGCUCAUUUUCUGAGGUGCUUAACAGACUACUUAGGAUUUCCCAUGACAAGGCAGGAGACAACUUCAAUGAUAUAAAUGGACCUUUUAUUCCUUGUACCAUACCAAUUGGCAUAAUACCCUCAGGAACAGGAAAUGGUUUAUCAGUAACUGAAUAUGGAAAUUACGACGUUGUCACUGCCGCCCUCCACAUCAUCAAAGGAAAUAUCUGCAAGAUUUCCAUAGUGGCUGAUUAUAGUGCAGAUGAGUUAAUAGGAUACGGCUCUGUGAUAACUGCCUACGGCUUUUUUGGAGACAUGAUGUAUUACACUGAUCAGAAACGCUGGAUGAGGAGAGCUCGUUAUGCAGUCAUGCCAUUAUACAUGAUCAUAUUGAAAACUCAUAGACUCUUCAAUGCUGAGAUAACCCUGAUUGGCAGCCAACUCAAUCAAGAGGACAGUGAAAAAGAAGAAAAAUUGGAUGGGGAGUUCAGUAAUGUGGCGUUCUUCCCUGGAGACGUUUUUGGAAAAGCAAAAGGAACAUGGGUCGUUCUCAUAUUUCGUCAAACUUCCAGAUUAGAUUUUAUGCGUUUGCUUGGCAAAAUGGUUAACAGAGAGAUGCUUCAGGAAGGGGAAAUCCCUUCAAUUACAAUACGGCAGCCUUCCAGGAUCAGGAUAAAGGUCAAUCCAAAAAACUUGGGUGACAAGAACUUCCUUAAUUACCUCAUGAACGUUGAUGGCGAAAUACACACGAUGAAACAGGCGCAUGUGACUAUGAAGUUACUACCAAAUGCAGUCAGUGUUUAUUCGUCUCUACAUCUGUACCCAGACUCCGUUUUACCUCCUCGUACACCAACCUCAGCGCCGUCACCUGAUAGUGCUGCCGCCCCUGAAGAGGUUUGAGAACAUACAUCAUUGACUGUGAUGAUCAAAGUGAAACUAGAUGUUGGCAUUGCUCCACACACCCACUUACCAAGUGCCAUAUAACCCAGACAUAAUACUUUUGAAUUGCUUUGAAUUGAUUCAUCAACAUAAAUAAUUCAACAUAGUAAAUAGUUUGAUGAGAAAAAAAAAAUGUGAAAUUUGCACUGACAAGAAAAUUACUUUUGUUUAUGAAUAGAUCUAGGUAUAUCCCAAAACUUUCUUAUAACAGAAAUAUUUUGCAAUAUUAAAUUAAAGGAUAUUUCUAUCAGAUUGGAUUGUAUAAGAUUGUACAAUCUUAAGCAGCUCAAAAAUAUAUUUUUUAAAGUACACUGGCUGAAAGAAAUCCGACUUUGUGACGGGUACAUGAAAUGUGCCGCAUUACUGUAUUGAGAAACAACAUGAAUUUAACAGGAACUUGGCUAAAAUGUAUGACCAAGUAUAAUUCAAAGUACAGAAAUUUUGUUAUAUAAGACAGGAUGCCAAAAUUCAGUUUGGUAGUGUAUUAUACAAGGAAUGGGAUAAGCCUUUAUGUCUGAUAUGACAGGAUAUGUUGGAAAACUUGAGAAGUUGUAUCAGGCAGGGUUUUUCUUUAAAAUAAACAGACUUUAUUGUAUUGAAAAAUAAUCUUUGUCUAGAAUCUCUAUCCUACAAUAGAUUACACGCUUUGUAUAACAAUUAAGUAAAGAUAUAUUACAAAUAUAAAUAUUACCCUUCUUUAGUAUAUCUGUGAUUCUACAUGUAGCACAAUAUGCUACAAAUGAUUUUCUCCUUACCCUAUGAAUUGGAAAUAUCGAGUUACAAAGCAUGCCAUUGAACUUAAAUGCUGAUUUUAAGGAGUUAUGCUACAUUGCAAUAGCAUGCAUAUUCCAAAAUAGUUCCAAAGCAAAACGAAAAUAAAUUGUGAUUCUCAGAAAUCUCUUAUGAUUAAAUUUGUAAAUAAAUAGUGAAGGAUUUGAAAUGGACACAAGAAUACAUGCAUUAUGCAUGAUCAAAGGAAGCAGUAUUGUAAAUCAAACAAUGUUUGAUUGGGAGGAAUCUAUUAUUCUAAAAUGAUUUGAUUGAUAAAUAUAAAUUACCUGGUAGCAUGUUUCCCUGAAUAAUUAAAUUUCUGUUGCUUUCUUGCCAAAUACAAUUAUAUGAAAUGGUCUAAUUUUUCUGAUCAUUGAUUUUAGAGAAAGACAAUCUUGUCACUCCAGCCAUUUUAUCUCUCAAAGACUUGUGUAGUGUAAUAGGUAUGAAUAUACCUUGAACAGGUUCUGUUCCAGGGUUCUCCAUAUUCUAUAUAGUUCGGGUUGAGCUCAUUAUGCUAACAGUGUUUUAGAAAAACAAUCAUCAGUCUAGCGAUUUUUGUGAAACUUCAUACAAAAUACCUCGACUGAGUUGACAUGUCAGGGUGCUGCGCUCAAGGUUAAGAUUACUUAUACUACAGUUUUUAGAGAAGAAAUAGCUAGAAAGACAAUUUUGAUAUUCUCGAAAUCGCAUACUUCGGUGCGCUAUGCUCACAGUAAAAACUUUAUUUGACAUAGAACUUGAUUUUGAAUUCCCUAAACUUAGCACAUCGUGAAAUUUCAUUGAAAUGUUAGAAUUUUAUACAUGUGUGAAUGUCUAGAUGUUAUGCUUAUAUAUGAUAAGGAAUUGAUGAUCCAUUGUCGUUUAACAUCAAAUUUAUCCAUUCAUUUCAUGAGGGAAUAAUUGUUUUAAUUACCAAUCAACAUAAUGUAUUUUUAUAAUGCGAAAA